UUAAAAGGCACCUCGAAACGAAGCAUGCUGGCCUGAAGGACAAACCGCUUGAAUACUUUCAAAGAAAGCGUGAUGGCCUGCAUCAGCAACAGGCAACAAUUUCCGUGCACAGCACUGUAUCUAAGCAGUGCCUGGAGGCAUCAUAUGUGGUGGCAAAAAGAAUAGGUAAGCUAGGCAAACCGCACACUGAUGCCGAGAAAUUCGUUUUGCCAGCUGCGCAGGACAUGUGCAGAAUAUUCUUCGGGGAUAGUGCAGCAGCCAAAUUAGGCACCGUGCCACUUUCAAAUGACACAGUUGCUCGGAGAAUUGCUGAUAUGUCCAAUGAUAUCAGAGAGCAAUUAAUACAGUUUAUUAAAAAUAGUCCAUACUAUGCCUUGCAGUUGGAUGAGUCUACCGAUAUUGCUGGACAGGCACAGCUUCUUACAUAUGUCAGGUAUGUCAGGGAUAAAUUAAUUGAGGAGGAUGUCCUUUUUUGCCGCCCUCUUCAGUCACACACAACUGGAGAGGCCAUCUUCAAUGUCCUUGAUUCAUUUAUUCACGAGAAUGGGUUGGCGUGGGACCGAUGCGUUGGCUUGUGCACGGAUGGCGCACGAGCAAUGACGGGCCGUGAGCAAGGUCUAGCUGCUCGCGUUAAGCAGGUAGCUCCACUUGUAAAAUGGACCCAUUGCAUGGUUCAUCGCGAAGCACUCGCUGCAAAAAAAAUGCCGUCUCUGUUGGAAUCCGUGCUGAACCAAUCAGUAAAAUUGAUCAACCUCAUCAAGUCACGGCCGCUAAACUCUCGCUUGUUUGAGGUCCUCUGUCAGGAGAUGGGGUCAGAGCACGAACAGCUGCUUCUGCACACUGAGGUUCGCUGGCUGUCCAGGGGGCGGGUGUUACAGCGUUUGUAUGAGCUGCGAGAUGAGGUGAAGCGGUUUUUGACACAAAUCAAUUCAGACCUGGCGAAAAAUCUGGAUGACCCUUUGUGGCUGGCGUGUCUCUCCUAUUUGGUCGAUAUAUUUGACCGCUUGAAUGGCUUGAACCUGUCUUUGCAAGGCCGAGAAACUCACAUUUUGCUUCUCGCAGAGAAAGUGGAUGCCUUC